AUGCAACCCAUAACCACAGAUGAGAAGGCCGAAUAUAAUCGCAUUUCCUUGGAAGACUCUGAUCUCGAGCCUGGCGACGCCUUGUUAUCUCACCAAAAUUCCUCCAAAAACAGGCGAAACAAUGUAUUGAGCAUAGCAAAGCCCUCCUGGGGAGUCUGGAUCCAUGUUGCUCUUGGACUUGUUUGGGUUAUCCUGUUUGGAUCGUUGACAUUUGUCCGAACUUCAAAUACUACCGAGUCUCCAGACCGCACAAGCCCUCUAUUCCCAGCGCUAUCGUAUAGCCGCAUCAAGUACACAUCUGGCUUUGCUCCCGAUUUAUCUCCAUUUCAGGGCAAGCCGAAUGAUGCCAACAAUGCCGCUUGGGACGAAAUAACCCAUCUGGGAAUGGUCGCAUUGACUGAAACAGAGCAGGCAAAGCUGAUCGAACCUACAUCUGUGUUUAUGAACAAUACUGAAACCUCUGGUAACGGUGUUUUGUAUCUUGGCGCCGUGGAAGUUUUUCACCAGCUUCAUUGCCUUGAUAUGCUGCGUCUGGAGAUAUACGGCGAGCUGGAGCCCUGGUAUAAGACGCACAGCCCUCACAAUAUUCACACUAAACCGGGACAUCUCGAACACUGUAUCGACUAUAUCCGACAAUCGAUGAUGUGCCGCCCUUCGCUCGACAUUCUACCGUUCUGGACAGAUGCUGAAGAUAAUUUUCGCCCAACAUUCAAUGGAUCUAGAACAUGUGCCAAUUUUGAUAGCAUCAAGGACUGGGCGUCGAAGAGAAAGGCUGGUAGCUUGUCACCACAAUGA